AUGGGUAAAGAUUCAGAUAGAAAACCAGCAGAGGACGAUUGUAUAUCUUUCUUUAAAAUGUUCGGGACUCACGUGUAUCUGACGAACGUUACUGUAGGUGGAAUAUAUUCAAUUAGUGCCAAAACCACAUUACAAAAACAUGAUGAUAUAGAGUCGACAAUAGCCCUUGUACAAGAAAUUCACAACAAAGAUAUAUCAGAUCAUUUAUUCAAAGAUACUAAAGCAGAAAGUACAGAAAUUAAAGAAAUGAAAGACAACGGAAAAGAAAAGCCAAUAUUAGAAAACAAAAUUGAAGCUGCACAUAGAAAACUAGGAGGGCCACAAAAUACGUGCUACUUAUCGGAGUGGAAGGCAGAGUUAAUGAAAAAUCCAGAGACCUGGACUGUAAGUGACAUGGGCGAAAUUUCAUUCGAAAAUUGCAUUGGAAUUUGGUCUUUGGUGAAAAAGCAUCAUAAAUCAUUUUCUAACGCAGAAGAGUUGUCGUGUUUUUUGGCAGAAAUUUGGGUGAAUCAUGUUGCUCAUGGAAUUCAGUGUUAUGAUCUGUUGAGAUGCUCAAGGCAGACUUUUGUUGAAACUUUGAAGUCCAAACUUUCAACACCUUCAAUCAGCUGGUAUCUGGAAUCCCUUAGGGAUUUACUACAGUUUUUAGAACAUACGGUGGCUCUAGUUGGAAAACCUAUGGUUAUGAAGGCGGUGGAUAUUUUUUCAGAGCCAUGUAUUAUUACUUUAUUCAAAGAAAGUGCAAAAUACAAAACACCAGUAAAUAUUUGCUUUCAAAUUCUGACUACCAAAUUAAACAUUUUACAAAUAGAAAGAAGAGGAUCAUCUUUAGCGUCUGAGGGUUCAUGGAUUGCAUCAGACUAUUUCAUUCCAGGUAUGUUAUCACAGAGAGAAUUGAAUAACGUUGAGGCGUUAUUGGAUAUAUUAGAAUAUGAGCUGUUACCAGGAUUUGAUGCUCUGCAAGCAUACUAUGAUGCUGUUCCCAAAAAAGUACAAUCAUUAACGAAAUGUGAACUCAAAGACACCGUGCAAAAAUUACUCCAGAAGCUGAUAGAUAGAGAGGAAUAUCCAGAGGCUCUGCUUCUUCUUGUCAUUCUCAUAUACAUUGGGUAUCACUUCAAGAAAAAAGAAAUUCUAACAGAUAUCACAUUUGAGCUUCUGGCAGAUUUCAUAUCAUCGGCAAAAGGAGAAAUUUCUCUGGCUAAGAAAUACAAAGAUCCGGAAAGUCAAGAGGCGUGGUUGCUGUUGAGGUUGGUUUUCAAACUAGACACACAAUACCGGAUAUACGAUGCUUCCAUUGUACUUGCAGAUGAGUUGAACAAUUUCCGUUGCUUUCUGAUGGAAAAGAAUUUCAUAUUACAUUCCAAAAUCAAAAAUGCUUUGGAUCCAAAGCACAAAAAAGAUUGCCCACAUGCAGUUAUCCAUUCGUUAGCAAAAAUAUCCAGAUAUCCAUGUGAGAUGUUUGAUGGCGAAACGAUGAGAAAAAUAUCUUCUAAGAAUCCAGAAUUUGUUCCUGAUAUUCCAAGUGAUGAUCCACUAUACCAUAUGAUAGAAAAAUUCGGGAUGGAAGACUUUUUCCCACGUAAACUUUCAACAAAACAUGUUUUGCAGUUGAGUGAUGCCUUGUUCACAACCCGUCCAACGAAACUGAAAGAUAUACCAUGGACUGUAUUCCAGCAUAUCAUAGCCAUGAACUUUAAUUUCAGAGAUACAGUUUUGUCUGGGUUUUUUAAACAAAAACCGAAAUUAAAAAAGAGGCACCCAAUGGAUGUUUUUCUUGCUCUUUGGCAUUGUUGCGAUCCAUUUUUGAAAAAACUCCUCGCAUCAAAAAUCGCCACCUGUCAACUUGCUCUCCCUUUCAUAUAUGAGGAUAUAACAUCCAGAGAUCAACUAACUAUGUCACUUUGGCCAAUUCGUGAUAUUUUCAUUGACGACAGUCCGGAUUCUGUUUUGACCAAAUCUCUAAUGACUGUUGGUUUUAUAAGAGUUGGAGAAUUAAAGUCAAUAUCGAAAUCAAAAAUAAUAAAUAAGAUGAUGAGGGGAGAAAGUAAUGACCACGAUACGUUUUACCACAGAGAUUGUGCCCUGGCGGAAAGUAAACGAUUAAUUUCCAACGGACUUGUUGAAAUUACUUGGUAUGUACCUAAAACAAACAAUGGUGAUGAUGUAGAUUCUACCAAAACAGAAGAAGUGUUGAAAGAAUUUUCUCAACCAAUAUGCAUCUUGAAUAUGCGGGGAGAUGCGAAAGAUUUUAGGACCCAGCUUUCAGCGUUACUCGCACUUUCAGAUGUGGUAGUUGUCAUGUCUGAAUUUGAGAAUUUGAAUGAUGAACAAUCUCUUCAAGUGUUAAAAGAAGUGCAGAGCAGUCCAUCGAUUGCAAUAAUCAUGGCAGACUUCCCAAACAGUGUCGAAAACGAAGAUAUAGAAGAAGAAAGUGACGACGAAGAGGAGAAAAUAGAAGAGGAAAACGAUGAGAGAGAAGAAAGAAAUGACAUGUCAUUAGAAGAGCAUUCUGGAGAAGAUUUACAUCUUUUCUUUGAAGCAAAAACGGGUUUAAAUCAUCAAAGCAGAUUAUUUAUUUCCACUCUGGAUAAUGGAAAGACAUUAAAUCAAAGUGGCCUUAAAGAUCGCCUUACCACACAAAUCAUAUCAGCAGUAAAGCAUAUCAAAUGUCUGCAAAGCCUGGAGGGAAAGACUAUGCUAUUGCCAACAUCCGUUACAGUAGAUGAAGAUAAUGAAAGAUCAAAAUAUGGCUCAAAUUUGAGUGAAAUAGUUUUUGCAGAUGUUGAAUCAGUAAAUAUGAUACAGGGAAAUCAAAUAAAAGACAAAGUACUUCCUUUACAGCGAGAUGAUAUAUGGCACACUUGGUGUUUGAUGCAAAAACGUUGCUUUCGUUCAGGAAAAACGAGUCUUUUUGAAAACGUACAUCAAAAAACUCUGAAGACUCUUAGAUUGUGGCAGGUGAUGUAUGGUCUGGAGACUCAAAAUACAAUUGUAAAAUUUGUAAAUGUUUUGGCAAGCCAUAUUGAUGAUAAAGAAACCAUCACUUAUUUUCUGCACAAUAUGAAAAUCCAGAUGGACCUUUUAUCCAGACAGGUAAUGCCUAAGCUUACCAACGAUCUCUUUAAAACUUUCAAGAAAUUCGAAACUCUGAGGUCGCAAAGUGACGUCGACAAAAAGAAGUUGGAAACAAUGAAGUCGCAAAUAAAAAGCAAGCAGAAAAUUCUGGCUAAUGCUUCGUUCGGUUUAGAACAUUUUUUCAGAGAAAUGGGACAAUUGUACGAGUCAUUCUUGCAUUGCAUUGAAACAAUGUUUAUUCGAGUAUCGAGUAAAACAAAACUUGUCCUAGAGAAAAUGCCACAAAUUGCUGCAAAACUUCUUGUAUGGGGUCAUCCACUCGAGAUCAUGGACGGAGAUACAGCGUCAGUUCCUGAAAAUUGGAUUAAAGCUGUAUUCAAGGAGAUAGGAUCAAUCAUUGGAGAAAACAAAACGAUGUAUGUAAUUUCAAUUUUAGGAAUCCAAAGUUCUGGUAAAUCAACUCUGCUAAACACAAUGUUUGGUAUGCAAUUUUCUGUUAGUGCUGGAAGAUGUACACGUGGAAUUUAUGCGCAACUUAUCCCCGUAGACAAGGCAAAGUCUAGUCUCAUGUUUGAUUAUGCUUUGAUUCUAGAUACAGGAGGAUUAAGAGCUCCAGAGUCAGCAGGGGAGAAGCAUGUUCAUGAUAACGAGCUUGCAACGCUCGUCAUAGGCCUAGCAGACGUUGCGCUGAUCAAUAUAAAAGGGAAAACUGUAGCUGACAUGCAAGAUGUGCUUGAAAUUGUACUUCAUGCAUUGAUAAGGUUAAAGAAUGCAAAUGAGAAGUUGAAUAUUAAAACAUCGUGCGUCUUUCUUCAUCAAAAUGUAUCAGCGUCCAAUGCAAAGAUGAACACUUUUACGGUUAGUCAGAAGGUUGAUGCCGUCUUGAAUGAAAUGACAAACAUUAUUGCUAAGCAGGAAAAGAUAGCAAAUAUUACGCAGCUCAACGAUGUUUUGGUAUUUAAUCCCGAUGAAAAUGUCAUCCAUAUACCGGAUUUGUGGCUAGGUAUUCCUCCAAUGGCCCCAGCAAGUCAAGAAUAUAGCAAGAAGGUGGUUCAGGUCGCCAAACGCAUUCUAGUUGACUUAUGUGAAAACAAAAACAGCUUUCUCAAUUGUGAAAACACAAGUCUUCACCUACACAAUCUUUGGAAAGGAAUUCUUUCAGAAGACUUUGUAUUCAGUUUUUAA